AUGGAUUCUAAUUACGCUCUGUUUAUGAUGUACAUGCAUCCAGCCUCUGGCAGUCUCUAUGGUGUUGAUGGGACUACUGUGCUUGACGGCACCUGUCAGAGCGCUCUCAAAAAGCCAAUGCCUACCCGAUUGCUGCUCCCAACCAAGCCUGGCAAGACCGGACCUGGCUCCAUCAGCCACGACAUCUUCCUCAACAUUGUCGACAUGCUUGUUAAGAUAGCGCAGGAGGAAGCCAAGCCUUUGAGGUUCUGGGUCGUUUACAGCCCUAACAAAGAGGGAAGCGUUGCCCUCAGAGGUCGCGAUAACUCCUUUCACUCAGACAAGGCAGAGUGGUCCAUCUUCCAGAAGCAGCGUUUCUUUACCAUCCGCCUCCCUCUGCAGAUCUGCAGCAAGACCCGCAGCAUUGUUAACCAGAAGUUCCUUCGCUUCAAGGCCUUUGAGACCUGCUCCCAGGACCUGGCUGACGUCUGGAUCCUCCCCAAGGUCGACUACUUCUGCCUGCCUCUCUGCAGUAUCAACAUCAACCUCGCCGAGGCGCUCAGCAACUACCACGCCAACGCCGCUCUCCAGCAGAGCCAUUGCUCGCGCUACAUCCUCUACCAGAUUCAGAAGAUCGCCAUCCUCUAUACCGAGAGCUACGGCAUCCACAGAAUGUACGACUUCAAGCCCUUUCAGGCCGGCGUCAUCGACAUCCCCGACAAGCUCACGAGCCUGGUUAUGCUUCGGGAGGAGCACGGCUGUAACUUCGAGGCUUUCUGGGCCCCGUUCAAGGCCAAGGGCGUCCGCCUCCUGGCCAGGCUGAGCCCCUCCACCGACAUCGUGCUCGAGGUCGUCAGCACCCGCGAGGGAGCUCGCAUGCAGUGGCUGCCCCAUGUUCUUGACGGAGACAUGAUCGAGGAGCAUUAUUGGCGGCUCCGUCUGUAA